AUGGCCAGAAACCUUGAAAGAUGUCUUGACUCGGCGAAAAACCUCCUCCUAUAUGCCGACACAGGCAGUCUCUUGGGAGGCCUAAUACUCCGAGACGAAGCGCCCUACAUUAAUCCCGGGAUGAUAUAUCGAUACUGUGCUUUGUUUUUAGAAAUGCCUGUUGGAGUGUCCUGGGAGAUCUUCCAUCUGAAAGAGGAUGGGUCAACCGGCCGUUCACUCCGACGUACGGGCCAUUACAUGGUCGAACCUGGCAACUAUAUCAUUCUUGAUCAAAAUACAAAUCCUAUCCAAAUCACUGUGACGUCAGACCUUGCACCACGUCGGGUACGGAGUGGCCUCACCGAUACCUCGCGUGAUAGAAAUAAUCUUCAAGGCUACUUUCGUGACGGAAUCAGGGAGCGAGACAGAUCGUGCACAAUGACGGGCAAAAAGCCAACCAGUCGAAACCCAUCUUUUAGUGGACUUAUUUCCGCGCAUAUCUAUCCGGUGGCAAGAUUGGCGGAUUGGAACACGCAAAAUUUCAGGCGAUUCCUGACAGACACUAGCAGCGAGAGUCGCAUCGGCCAAUCGGGGAUAUACUCUCUGCAGAAUGGGUUGCUAUUGAGAGCAGAUAUCCAUAGUAACUGGGAUGAUUGGCUGAUAGCAGUAGACCCGGAUGAGGAUUUCAAAGUAAUCUGCUUUUUCGAGGAUGAUGAAAUGCUAGGGGGCCGUCGUCUGCAAGCUACUGCAAUUAACGCUAGUAAUGCAAACCAUCGCAUCAGUCAUGAUCUCCUUCGGUGGCAUCUCCGGAUGUGUGUGUUGAAGAACAUGAAGGGAAACGCCGGUGUUCCCGAAUGGGAGUAUGAAUUGGGACCAGAUGAUAUCGGAGAAAUCAUGGCACAGGAGGAUGCAGGAGAGCGUAUGGAGGUGGAAUUGUUUUCCCGCCUGGGGCCCUUGAUUGCAUGAGACAUUAUUGUUGAUUUGCUGAAGUAUUCAAUCGAUAAGCUUCGGGAUGCUGUAAUUGAAUUAUGUCAUACUGAAUCGUCCAUUGGCGAAAUGAUACCAAGAAAUCUCCGUCGACAGCAUCAAAGAAUAACAUCCAUUUACACAAUGUACAUGGAAU